AUGGGAUUUCCUCAAAAUCAUGUCUUUCCUAUCACUAAUACACUUCAACUCUUCUCUUUGCUCUUCUUCUUAGCUUCAACAUUCACUCAACUUCAACAACAACAGCCAUUCCUCGCUCAAGGUUUGUCAAUUCCUCAACAAAAUAUGGCACUAAAGGUACAAAAAAAAAAAUUGAUAGGAAGAGCAUUAAUAGGAUCAAGCCCACUGUUUAGGAAAACCCCGAAACACCCACCAAGAUGCCAAGGAAGAUGCAACAAUUGCGGACAUUGUGAAGCAAUUCAAGUUCCAAUAGUACCUCAAAAAGGUUUUCCAAGAAGCCAUUUUAUGCAUUCAACUCCAACAAUUGCAUAUUCAAGAGGAGAUGGAUUGUCUAAUUAUAAACCUAUGAAAUGGAAAUGCAAGUGUGGAAAUAUUAUUUUUAACCCUUGA